AUGUGUGAAGGGGAAAAUUUAAAUGAUUUAGAUGUUGAAAAUGAUAAUGAUAUUGGCAAAGUAUUAGCUCAGAUGUGGAUUGAUUAUGCAAUUCGAUUAUUAGAAAAAUGUGAUUGUCCACAUUAUUUCAUUGAAAAUUUCAAUAUUUUAGAACAAUAUUCUAAGGAUGUAUUAGAAACAGCAGUUCAAACACUUAAAUUUCAUAUUAACUUAGACGACCAACUUGGAUUAGAAUUAGUUCAAGAACUUAAACAAAUAGAACCAUAUGAUUAUGGAAAUAUUAAUCAUUUUUCGAAAGAUUAUGUACAAGACAGAUAUAAUGCUGACAAAAAAUAUAAAUAUAUAAAAUUGAUUUGGGAUGAUGAUGAAGGCGAAGAUUGGGAAUACUUAAAAGAUAUAUUGGUUCCAUUUUAUGAAACUGAUAAUCAGGAAACAAAUAAUUGA